AUGGAAAUGAUGUUUGCUCCCCAGGGUUUGCACAGCUUGUACGCGGUGUCCUCAGGAGACAGAGCCAGCCUGGUGCCAGGCGUGUUCUGGGAAGGCUCUGUGCUGACGGACCAUUGGCCCAGGCACCGGCCCAGUGUGGCACUGCUGCAGCUGUGUACAAGGAUGACGGGUGCACGUGUGGGCAUGGGUCUCAGGAGCCCAGCAGAGGAGAGCAAUGGCCAGGCCCCUCUGGAGAGAGUCAGGAGAACAGCUGGCCUGCUCAGUGGUGCCGCCUACAUAACGCUGGCGCCACUCACCCCAGGGACGAUGGACGCUGCCCAGAUCCAGCUGCUCCUCGGGGCACUGCCUGUGCCCAGACCACUUGCGGGCUGUACAGGCAACAUCACAGGCCUGGGUGUCAGCACUGAGUGUGGCCCAGUGCAGGGCACCAGUCGGGAGUGCCGCUGCCUGCCAGGCUACGAGUGGAACAGCGACGUCUGCAGCCAGUAUGCCGCCUGCACAGCCCUCCUCCUCUCUCCCUGCAGCUGUCUCCGAGGGACGGCUGAGAGCCCCGGAUACUGCCAGCCACUGCUCCCCAGCACCACAGGCACUGUGAGCCCAACGUCGGCCCCCCAGCUAAUCCCAGCAGGGGACAACCUCACCAUCUCCUUCAGCCUGGGGGCGGGGGCCACCGAGGUGACAUGGUACCUGCUCAGCCCCGACGGGAGCUCGGUGAGGGAGCUCCACAAUGGGACACAGACGAUGCUGGUAACAAACGGCUCAGUGGCCAUUCUGAGAGUCAGCUCCAUCUCCGCAGACUGGGCAGGGGAGUACAUAUGCCAGUACGUCUGUGAGAACUCCCAGCUGCAGCUCAGGCAGCAGGUCAGCGUCUCGCUGGGCCCCGAAGACAUCGUCCAGACCCCGGCCCAGGUGUCCAUGAACUGCAGCUCCUCCGGUGGCAUAAACCUGCGGUGUUGUAUCAGGAACAGAGGCAAAGCCUAUCGAGUGUCCUGGAUCCCCAGCUCCAGAGCUCCAGCUGACCUGGUGGGUGACACGGACCCUCUGUGCCAUUCCCUCCCCCUGGAGACCUGCCCUGCCCAGGACACCCCGUACCAGUGCGUGUUUGAGAGCGAGGGGCUGGGCGCGGCCCAGGCGGUGGUGACAGUGUCUGUAAUACAAGGUACGCGCUACCGUAGCGUGAGGAUCUCCCAGCUGUGUCUGACGGCAGCUGGGGAUCCCUUCUGUCCCGGCAAUGACUCGCAAGGCAUGUGGGCAGCCACCAAGGCAGGGCAAGUGGCCGAGAUCUUGUGUCCUGACAACAGAGCUGGGACAGUGCAGAGGAGCUGCUCCACAGGAGGAGUCUGGGGAGAGGUGAUAAGCAAGUGCACCCACAGAGAACUCCUGGCUGGACUGCACAGUGCUCAGGUGCAGUAUAUCUUUUUUGAGCUGGUCCUGGCAGGGCUGGGCAACCCCCAGAGCGAGCUGGCGCGGCUGACUGAGUGGCUGAGGGUGGAGACUCAGCCUGGGAGGGGCUCUGUGAGCUCCACCUGGGACCUGCUGGCUGUAGUGACCACGGUGGACACCAUCUCCCGUAUUGCCGGGGAUGCCGGCCUGCACCUCAGCAGCAGUACCACGGCCGUGAGUACCCGGGACGCGGCGCUGGUUGGUUCGCAGACUCCGUGGGACGUGGGCAGGCCACACCGGGUGGGACUGGCUGGUGGGAUGCUACACGUCUUGCACAGCCUGCUGCGACUCUUCAGCUGGGAGAACCGGCUGCUGGGCACGAUGCGCUGUGUUCACCAGGACUUCGGGACGGAGCCAGACCCCGUUACUUUCCUGGCAGUCGUCAGCCAGAUGCUUGACUUCGAUCCCCAGGCCCUGUGGGCGAAGGCACAAGCUGACGUGCCCUCCGUGGCCUCCACGUUCCUGCAGUCCAUCGAGAACAUCACCAGGCGGCCGGUCCCCACGGAUGGCAACUUCAGCUUCACCCUGCCCAAUGUCGAGCUCCAAGGAUCCGUGUUCAAUCCGGAUUCACUGACUGACUACAGCAAAACCUUCCAUGUGCAGCCCCUGCUCCAAAUCCACAUCAGCCAGGAAGUGCUGGAGCAGCUGGUGCAGCUCGGGGCCAAUGUCACCGUGACCAGCAUGGCGCUGAAGAUGCUGGGCGGACUCCUGCCUGCGAACUACGGCCCAGGGCUGGGCAACUCUAGCUACAUCCUCGGCAGCCUGCUGUUGUCCAGCAGCAUCAUGUCCAGCAACGGGAGUGUGAGCCGGGCGGAGAUUGCCAUGACCUUUGGUCACAGGAACGCGACAGAGGACAAGGCUGUGGCAGCAUCUGGGGAAGAGAGGCCCCAGUGUGUGUUCUGGGACCACGGCUUGUUCCAAGGGAAAGGAGGCUGGUCCUCCCAGGGAUGCCAAACCUCUGGCACAGGCACCACCACCAAAUGCACCUGCCAGCACCUGACCUCCUUCUCCGUCCUCAUGUCCAUCCAUAGCAUCGCAGAUAGCUUUUGGCUGGACUUCCUGAGCCGGUUCGGAGUCUGUGCUUCCAUCCUGGCCCUGAUCCUCUGCUUGGGGAUCUACUACCUGGUCUGGUGGUCGGUGGUCAGGAAUGAGAUCUCUUACUUCCGCUAUAUGACUCUGGUCAACAUCACCCUGUCCCUGCUGAUGGCCAACGUGUGGUUCCUGGGCUCCAACUGGAUGACCCCGAGCCAUGAGAACAAGCUCUGCGUGGCUGCCACGUUCUUCAUGCACUUCUUCUACCUGGCCAUGUUCUUCUGGAUGCUCGUCCAAGCCCUUAUGCUUUUCCACCACCUGGUGUUUGUCUUCCACCAGCUGGCCAGAGCCUCCGUCACGCCUCUCGUGGUGACCAUCGGGUACCUGUGUCCUCUCAUCAUUGCUGCCGCUGCCGUGGCUGCUUACUAUCCCAAGCGGGGCUACAUCCAGGCCAUGGUCUGUUGGCUCAACGGGCACAAUGGGGCGAUUUACACCUUCUCUGUGCCCGUCCUGGUCAUUGUCCUGGUCAAUGUGCUGAUCCUUUUCGUGGUGGUGAUGAAGCUGAUGAGGCCGUCAGUGUCCGAGGGACCCAAGGGAGAAGAGAGGAAGAUCCUGCUCAGCAUUCUCAAAGCCGUGCUCAUCCUGACACCCAUCUUCGGCCUGACCUGGGGGUUGGGGGUUAUCACCAUGACGAGCAAGAGCUCUGAAUUUUUCCAUUAUAUGUUCGCUGUCCUGAACUCAUUUCAGGGUGCCUUCAUCCUGGUCUUCGGCUGCCUCAUGGACAAGAAGGUGCGGGACGCUCUGCUCAAACGCAUCCAGAAAGAGCUCACCUCCGGGGCUACCACCACUCAGGUAGAGAACUCAGCCAGGGACACGCCUGCCCAGGUCCUGGCGUGGGUUUGA